AUGAAGGCUAUUCUCCCCAUCACCGCCUACAUCAUGGCCUUCGCCCAAAAGGCGUCAGCUCGUCGCUUAGACUGGGCCGGAGAGCCUCUGAAAGCACCUAGUUCUGUCUUUGUGACCUGGGAAAUCGCCCACGCUACUGGCGAUCAGAUCAUCUUCGUCGCCGAUAGUGAGGCAAAGUCUCUUCUCACCUAUGCCUGCGACGAUAACGUGACCCUUGAUGGUGUCUCUAUUCAGGUCUCAGCAGACGAGACCGGCAAUGGGGAUAUCACCGUCGGAGAUGCACGCUACCCUCUCGAGUUCGAGCUUGCCAGGUCUGGUGGAGUUGUCUGCGAGGCCCGAUGGAACGCUGAUAUCACUGCCGUCGAGUGCGAAGUCCCUUGGACUGCUGAUGGUCCUAGUCUCUUCCAGAGCGAAAGCCUUGAGUACAACAUCACGGCCCAGUGUCUCGGUCGAGCGGCUGAUGAUGACCUCGUUAUGGUCGGUGCCUUGACCGACGAGGAGAUGCAGGUCUUUCCUGCCAUCGACGAAGAGGACGGGGCAGAUGAAUCUGACUCGAAACAUCUAGAGUCCCGACAAUGCUGGGACCAGGCUCCGGUUGUUAAGAAGGAUGGAAACGGAUACCCUAAGAAGUGGAGACUCCACAAGCAGAUCACGGACCGUAUCCACUGUGGCAAGGGCGACUGCGAAAUGAGCGCUGGAAAGGAAUGGUCCGUCACGCACUCGGCAAGCUUCUCUCUCGAGGGUCUUGGAAAGGCUAGUUGGAUCUCAGGUGGCUAUUCUGUGGCGUGGACAAGGGGCAACUCCCAGACAGCCACCUGCGCCGGUAGUAAAGGACAGACCAUCUGCGUUGCGCAUUGGCAUGACCACCAGGAGUACUCUGUGAAGAGGGAGCGUUGGAACACUUGUGCGCUUAGGCCAAUCAAGGAUUCUUACUACACCUAUUCGCCCUUUACCAAAGGAAGCAGACAGUCAUUUUACUGCAAGCGUUCUAACUGCAAGGGUUCGGGUCAGACCGGAUGGGUUAAGAAAGGCAAUGGUGUCUGGUAG